UCGUUGAUUAGAAUAGGUGUUAUUUUUUAGUGUAUUUGGUAAAGUGUAGUUCAAAAACAUGGCCAGAGGAAUUACAUUGAAUUUGCGAAUAAAAGAAUUGAUUAUUUUAAAAUAUCGAUCAGGCAUUAAACAAGCAACCAUAGCCAAACAGUCGAAUUUAAGCCGAUCGGUAAUUUACAAAACUAUGAAGUUUUUUGAAGACGUUUAAGGGAGAGUGAUUUACCAGCAAGGAGACUAUCUAAAAAACCAUUUAUUUCCAAGAGAAAUCAGACCGCCCGUCUUCAAUUUGCUUACGAU